UGAAACGAUAGUCUCCUCAUUUCAUGAAUGGAUAGGAGUGUGAGAAAGCUUGGACUCCACCGUCUUAAAGAAACUUUAGCCAACGCUGAAUUAAAAGCUUUUGAUCCUCUAAGCUAUAGGAUGGCCAAGAAGGGUGUUGCUCGGCUUGAUAACUUAGGUUUGGAAACUAUGGAGUCGAAAAAACAUCUGAAACAAUAUGAAGAAGACAAGAUGCAGGAUCUCCAGAGAGAGCUGAAAGAAUAUGAUGAAGAGUGCGCCUGGAAGAUGAAGGAUCUCCAGAAUGAGCUGAAAGAAUAUGAUGAAGAGUGCGCCUGGAAGAUGAAGGAUCUCCAGAGAGAGCUGAAAGAAUAUGAUGAAGAGUGCGCCUGGAAGAUGAAGGAUCUCCAGAAUGAGCUGAGAGAAUAUGAUGAAGAGUGCGCCUGGAAGAUGAAGGAUCUCCAGAAUGAGCUGAAAGAAUAUGAUGAAGAGUGUGCCUGGAAGAUGAAGGAUCUCCAGAAUGAGCUGAAAGAAUAUGAUGAAGAGUGCGCCUGGAAGAUGAAGGAUCUCCAGAAUGAGCUGAAGAUCUCUGGGUUCAACGACCAGAGUAAAGGCAGUGCUGCAGCCUAUCCCAGAAGGGGAAAAUCCAAAACUAAGAUGGGUAGCAGAAAGGUCCCCACUCUGCCACAAGACCAAUGCAAGAAGGGGAAAAACAAUCAGGAAUCCCCUCGCUCUGCCAAACAUAAGGGAAAUCCAACCGGUCUGCAGUAAUCACCCACAUCCGCUUCCAGACUAAAGCAACCAGGCUGAUGAUGCCCAUCCCCAGUUUUGGUGGUCUAGUUUGAUCGAUGCUUUUUCUGAAAUGUCGGGUCUGUUUUUCAGAAAACUGCUUUGCCUUUUUUUUUUUUUUUUGUAUUAAUGCUACUACUCUUUAAAUCUGUGCAAGCAUUGAAACGCUUUUCUUACUCUACUUAAAACACAACAACUAGCAGACUAUUUUUUUAUUAAAAAGCUACUAUCCUCUGCAACAAAAAAGAGGUCAUGAAUCCAGAUUGUGAAUUUGUAAAAUGUAUUGACUCAUUUACAUUAGUGUUGACACAUGAGAUAAACAGCUCUUUUAUUUUGUAUCUGAUCAUGUAAUAUGCUUUUUAAAUCAGAAGUUACAAAGAUCUAAAGGCAUCCAACCAAGUCAGAAAUAUUUCAACAGUUUUUUUUUUUUUUUUAUUAAAUCACAUAGAGAAUUUAGAGAAGUUUAUAAGGAACAAAUUAUCAGCAAAGUAUUUUUAUCCUCAUUUAGCAAAUAAUAAAAAAAAGAUUUCAAAGGAAGCAUUGCUAAUCAUAGAACAUAGCAUCCAUAGCUUCUUAUGAAGAUGUUGCAUACUGUAUAAGUCAAUAAAGAGGCACUAAUUUCCAAAUGGGUUGAAGUUCCCAGUCUAACACAGUGGUGUGGAGAAUCUAUGCAAAAAUUGAAAAUGAUAAAUAUAUGGCAAUGCUGGAAUGUCACAAGAUGCAAUUCACCUGAGAGUGAGGAAAAUGUCUGUCUUCCAGCAGGGCAGCAACCAAAAUGCCAUAACAAGAGCUUUUUAAAACGGCUUUGUCAAAGUUGACCUCAGUCACAUUUUGGCUUACUGUUACAAUAUUGAUAAAAAUGAGACAUGCUUGCUAAAAAGUUUUUGUUUUAUAAAAGCCCUCAAAUUUCACGUAGGCAAUUAUGCUUUGAUACUAACAAAUUGUAAAUACAGUUGAGAACUUGUGCUAUGACUUGAAAAAUUACCCCCCCCCCCCCUGGUUUUACUGAAUUUAGAGAGCGUCGGAUGUGCAGCACUGUGUAAACAGAAAAUUGCAAAGUUGCAAGUUGCAAAGUUAAUUGUGGCAAUUUUUUUUAAUCAA